AAAUCCACAACACUAACACAAGCCAUCCCAAUUAAGCAAUUGUAUAAAUGUCGAAUCCGUGGGUCAAAUCGCUUAUUACCUUCACCCUUUGUACUGGUGUUGGAUGGACAUUGUAUUGCUUAUCGCCAGCUGGUGCCGCUGAACGUGAACAAACUCGAGUACAAACCGAAGUACGACGCCAAAUGUACCGCAAAGUAAAAGAGCCAGAAAAUAAGUGAACCACAUUUUGCGCGAGCCAAAUGUUUUAUUUUGAGGUUAUAUAACCUUGAACUUUAUGAAUGACACAUUAGUAAAUGCAGUAGAACCGAGGAAAUAAAGAAGAAGAAAAAGACAAAAGUGAUUUAAAGAGCAAACGUAGAAGAAAAGAAGAAUUAAAAUGGAUUUUGUGGUAGAAAGUGAACCGAAUGAUAUGCAAAAAUUGAGUCGCGAUCGAAUCGCCGAUCAAUUGGAAAAGCGAAACCGUGACCGACAGCAGCAGGUGAACGCCAAGCAUGAAUUACAUAGACAGAAUGUUCCGGCAAAUGAAAGUCUGGAUUAUUUUCAAGAGACAUUUCGUACGCAUGUGACAACCAUUGAAGAUGGUUUGGCCAAUUUGAAACCGAGCACCGAUAAAAUGCAACUAACAAAAGAUAUUCACACGAUUCACGAAAACAUACAAGAUUUGCAAAAUUAUUUAACCGCUUCAACCUUUUUCCUAUCCAAUUACACAAUCAAAGCAUGUCAAACGAUUUUAAAUGAUUUAAAGGGGCGAAUCGAAGCAACCAAAGAUACGCUACUGGCGAAGAAAAAGUUUAAUUUCCGGAAAAAAGCCGGCGAUGCAUCAACAUCCGCAAAGAGUGUUACAACAGUCGAUGGAACAACGCUAAACAGCAAACAGUCAAUGGCAUCAAGUGAAAUCGUCAAAGCACAUCAUUUCGAAUGGACCGUACAAAAUCGACAGCAUGAAGAGAUUGUGCUCGGUCCCGAAGAAACGAAUAAUAAGGAUAUUACAAUGUCAACGUUAGAUAGUUGUUUAUUGCAAAUUAAUGGCUAUCCAAGUUCGUUGCAACUGUCGCAUUUAACCAAUUGUGUUAUUUUGUGUGGUCCGGUGAGCCGUUCGCUGUUCGCCGACAAUUGCACCAAUUGUAAAUUUAUCUUUGGCUGUCAACAAUUGCGUUUGCACACAUCACACCAUUGUGAUUUGUAUAUGCAUGUCACGUGCCGUGCCAUCAUCGAGGACUGUAACAACAUCAAUGUUGCACCGUACAACUAUAAAUAUGCAAAUCUUGAUGAUGAUUUUGUUAAGGCCGGCUUAGACAUGACCAAAAACAAUUGGCAGGAUGUGGCCGAUUUCAAUUGGCUCUCAGCUGACACCCAUUCACCCAAUUGGCAACACAUCGCACCUGAACAACGCAUUUCAUGCUGGAACGAAUACUUGAAUGAAUUUCGGCAGAAAAUUUUAUCCACUUAAUACACAGAUUCUUUAACGUAUCGCUAACAUCAAAAUGCUUAUCAACAAAAUUUAACUUAGUGAACAAUUUUUUAUAAUAAAACUUUAAAUAAAUUGCUCGAUUACUUAAUCACAAAAAAAAA